AUGGCCAGCCACGUGGACCUGCUGACGGAGCUGCAGCUGCUGGAGAAGGUGCCCACGCUGGAGCGCCUGCGGGCCGCGCAGAAGCGCCGCGCGCAGCAGCUGAAGAAGUGGGCGCAGUACGAGCAGGACCUGCAGCACCGCAAGCGCAAGCAGGAGCGGAGGCGCAGCGCCGGCGGCCGCAGGAAGAAGGUGACCUUCGAGGCCAGCGUGGCCCUGCUGGAGGCCUCCCUGAGGAACGACGCCGAGGAAGUGCGCUACUUCCUGAAGAACAAAGUCAGCCCGGAUUUGUGCAACGAGGACGGACUCACAGCCCUGCACCAGUGCUGCAUCGACAACUUCGAGGAAAUUGUCAAGCUGCUCCUUUCCCACGGUGCGAACGUGAACGCCAAGGACAACGAGCUGUGGACGCCCCUGCAUGCCGCGGCCACGUGCGGCCACAUCAACCUGGUGAAGAUCCUCGUUCAGUAUGGGGCCGACCUGCUCGCUGUCAACUCGGACGGGAACAUGCCGUAUGACCUCUGCGAGGACGAGCCCACCCUGGAUGUCAUUGAGACGUGCAUGGCGUACCAGGGCAUCACUCAAGAGAAAAUCAACGAGAUGCGGGCAGCUCCCGAGCAGCAGAUGAUUGCAGACAUCCACUGUAUGAUCGCCGCGGGCCAGGACCUUGACUGGAUUGAUGCCCAUGGCGCCACACUGCUGCACAUAGCUGGCGCCAAUGGAUACCUACGAGCAGCUGAGCUCCUCCUGGACCAUGGAGUGCGCGUGGAUGUGAAGGACUGGGAUGGCUGGGAGCCCCUGCACGCGGCUGCCUUCUGGGGACAGAUGCAGAUGGCAGAGCUAUUGGUGUCGCAUGGGGCCAGUCUCAGUGCUAGGACAUCCAUGGAUGAAAUGCCAAUAGACCUGUGUGAGGAAGAGGAGUUCAAGGUCCUGUUGCUGGAGCUAAAACACAAGCACGACGUGAUCAUGAAGUCACAGCUGAGGCACAAGUCGUCCUUGAGCCGGAGAACGUCCAGCACAGGCAGCCGUGGGAAGGUGGUGCGUCGAGCCAGCCUGUCAGACAGGACGAACCUGUACAGGAAGGAGUAUGAGGGCGAGGCCAUCCUGUGGCAGCAGCGGAGUGUGGCAGAGGAUCAGCGGACCUCAACCUACAACGGGGACAUCAGGGAGACCAGGACAGACCAGGAGAAUAAGGACCCAAAUCCCCGGCUGGAGAAGCCAGUGCUGCUCUCUGAGUUCUCCACCAAGAUCCCACGAAGCGAAAUGGACAUGCCUGUUGAGAAUGGCCUCCGGGCUCCGGUCAGCGCCUACCAGUAUGCACUGUCCAACGGGGAUGUCUGGAAAGUGCACGAGGUGCCCGACUAUACCAUGGUCUACAGCAGCCCCGGCAUGGCUGAUGCCACCCCACCCUGGAGUGGCUACAAGGAGCAGAGCCCCCAGACGCUUCUGGAGCUAAAGAGGCAUCGGGCUGCAGCCAAGCUGCUCAGCCACCCCUUCCUGAGCACCCAUCUGGGCGGCAGCAUGGCCAGGACGGGUGAGAGCAGCAGUGAAGGCAAGGCCCCCUUGAUCGGAGGCAGAACUUCACCAUACAGCAGCAAUGGGACCUCGGUGUAUUACACCGUCACCAGCGGAGACCCUCCGCUCUUAAAGUUCAAGGCCCCCAUUGAGGAGAUGGAAGAGAAGGUCCAUGGCUGCUGCCGCAUCUCCUAG